UAAUAUCAUGUUAAGCUCACUUACUCAAAUAAAGACAAAUACUAAAGUUACUUGCUAUGCUUAACGAUAAAUGCAAUGUUUUGAUUUGUAUUUUGGUUGUCACGGCUUCUACAAGUUGGCUGUAUAGUUUAAUAAUUUAUGUUCACUAUGCUAUAAACAAUUAUUGUUUAGAUCGUUCUUAAUCCUUUUACACGUCGGAAGUCUCUUCAUCUAGUACCAAUACUCCAAGUAUAAGUCCAAUCAUAACAAUGGGAUGUUCCGGUAGUACACCUAUUCCUAUGUCUGAUUCGAUGAAUGGCCAUGCUAAUAGAGAAGUACCAAUACUGAGUGGCCUGAAUGACAACACAGAAAACAAAUCUUUUUCAGCAAGUUCAAUCAUUGAUAAAGUAACCAACUUGGAUGAAAUGUCUAAAAAACUCAAAGAGAUAUCUGGAAGUGUUGAAAAUUUAAUGGAAGGAACACAAGAAAAAUUGUGUUCUUUAUUUAAGAAAACUGAAGAAAAAUCAGAGGAAAUAGCUGACGAAAUAAAACAAGAUUUUGAAGAGAACGUUACUAUAUCAACUACUUUGCCAGACUAAGUGGCAAUUUCCCUAUAUAUCAGCUAUGGUACAAACACUUUUUUACCAUUUCAUAUUUUGUUAAAUGAAUGGAUCGUACAAUUCAUUUGGGACAGUUAUUAUACGAAUCGUUAAAUUAUAUAUAACUACACAAAUGGAAUAUAAUUACUAUUAUUAUAUAAUAAUAGUAAUAAUUUAUAUAAUUGUUUAUG